CCUCCUUCUUUACGAGUACCGUUCUUGAGGUGCCUUUUGUCCCCCUUAGUCGAGCCAUCGACGCCGGACGCUCGUCGUCCGUACACGAAGACGCCCCCGAUCGAGGUUUUGGACUAUACCGGCUGUGUGCAAAGUCUGCGUGCAUCGUGUUGCUCUUGUGGUGUUUCUGACGAUCGCAAGUUUUUGACUCAAGUACAGUCACUGCAGCGUGUCACCGUGUGCUGAACGGAGUACGCCAUUGAUGUGAACGGCUACGGUUCCUCUGCAGUAUACGUUGGACUGCGGCUGCAAGGGGAACGGCACUGUGGCAGCGAGCGCCGUGUUUGUAGAAGCUUGCUACGAGGAGACAAAUUGUCAGGUGCCUACGACAGAAUUUCUUCCCUUACGGGGUCCACGGCAUGUCGACCAACCGGAACUGACGUCGACGCUCGCUGUGACUGAAACUGUGCAAAAAGCUAUGCUGAUUUCGGUGUCAGUCGGCUGUUUUGGGAACAGUGCCGAAGCUACUAGCGUGCGCGGAUGUAUCGACGGCUUCACGGGGACGCCAAGACGUCCUAUUCACAUCGAGACACUUAGGCAAAACUGAGAACAUAAUCACAAGUCACUAGCCAGCGUUCUUCCAACAAGAACAAGGAGAAAUUCCAGCGGCAAAUGAGAACAUUGUGCCUUUAAAGACCCCAACACCAGUUAACAGUGAGACAGGUAGAAGAUACCUGAAACUUAUUUUUAUAUAUACGAGUAAAUAAGCUAAUUCUAUUGACUAAACUACGUGGGAUUCAUUGAGGCAUCCCUACUCAUAAACACGACGACGAAGAGCUCCAGACUUUAGCUAAUUUCGAGAGCUACGAUGAACAAAAUUCUCACGACUGGUUUUCGAGGAGUGACAGCGUGACACUGCUAAACAUCGCCAGCCUACCAAUCAAAUCUACCAGAGGAAAAAAAAAACAAAAAAAAAACGCGAAGGUAAUCUGGCCGCUGCUCGGAGCAAGACGUGAAGCUGAACGUAGGAUACCAUCGGUGAGCCAAUUCUUUGCGCAGUGCACUCAAAAGCCCAACUAAAGCGCCACAGCUGAUGUCAUUAAGCCGGCAAGGAACGCGAGACAGGCGCACGACUGACUUUCCUUCGCGAAACCACCCCGGGGCCCUCCCUGUGAAGAAGCAACACCACUGGACGUCACACGCAGAGGCGCCGGGAGUCACCGCCUCGCGCACAGGCGAGAAAUUUACGCGGCUCAGGGACGGGAGGGAAUCGGGGCCGCGUGGCGAGCACUCCGAGAGCAGAGCAUCAGCUCCGUCGGCCGGCCGGUCUUCUUCGGUCGCGGUCCUGUCGCAUAGCUGUCCCUGCAUCGUCGUCGGCGGCGCCUUUUGGUGCCGUAGCCGAAAGGUAGAAGAAGAAGAAGACGAAGGAGGGAGAUCCCCCCCGGUCUCCUCCGCCACGGGAGCAGCAGCAGCGUAGGAGAGAGGAGGCGCCUGGCGACUCCGCCCUCCGGCAGCAAGCAGCAGGAGCGGAGGGUCCAGCAGCAGCAGCAUCUGCGGCGUCGGCGGAGGCCGCGAGAGAGGGUGUCCCCGCGGCUGCGGUAGCGGAGAGCGGCGGCGCGCCGAACGAGCACUAGCCAUGCCGCCGGCCUCCGCGCGGAGCGGGCAGCGCCGUUGCAGUUAGCCCCGCCGAGAGACCCAUGGAUUACGCGGUGCGCUGGUUCGCCGCUGCCUGGGCCGUGCUCUUCCUCGCCUUGCUCCUGCGCACGGCAACGACUGUGAAGGUGUCUGAAGGCGUGAACGGCAUCAGCCACUUCAACAGGCGGCGGCUCAUCGACCCUAAGAUGGAGGCGUACCGAGAAUCCAUGGCUAUGCGGUGGCAGCUCAUCAUGGAGCCGGCGCGCGUCUGCAAGAAGAAGCGGCUGCUGCGCGGCCGAAAGGCGCGCAUCUGUCGGAAGGAGCCCAAGGUGGUGCGCGAGAUCGCGCGCGGCGUCGACCUGGGCAUUCGCGAGUGCCAGAACCAGUUCCGCUUCCACCGAUGGAAUUGUUCCACGCUUCGGUCGUCCAUGAAGAAGGUGCUCAUGAAAGACACUCGCGAGGCGGCCUUCGUGGACGCCAUCGUGGCGGCGGGAGUGGUGUACGCGCUGACGGAGGCGUGCGCCCAGGGCCGCCUGCUCGAUUGCCAGUGCAGGCGGCGGCACAACGCCGCCAACCACCUGCAGGGGCGCACGGGCUGCGACCACUACGUCGACUUCGGAUACCACAAGUCACGAGACUUCAUGAACCGCAAGCGAGUCGGUGACCUGCGCGCCACCAUCCUAUCGCACAACUACGAAGCCGGGCGACAGGCCGUGCGACUGCACCUGGAGCGCGUGUGCCGCUGUCACGGCAUGUCCGGCACGUGCUCUCUGAAGACGUGCUGGCGCAAGCUGCCCACCUUCAGCAAAGUGGGACUGCGGCUCAAGCAGCGCUUCCAAGGCGCGGUGCGCGUCACGGCCGGCAACUCGGGCAAGGGAUUCGUGCCGGAGUCGGCGAGACCGCCGGGACGCGAGGACAUCGUCUUCUCCGAGGAGUCGCCCGACUACUGCGACCCGGACCGGCGCACCGGAUCGCUGGGCACGAGGGGGCGACUCUGCAAGCUGGGCUCGCAGGGUCCCGACGACUGCCGCACCCUGUGCUGCGGCCGCAAGGUUCGCAACCGGCAGACGGUGGUGAGCGUGGCGUGCAACUGCACCUUCCAGUACUGCUGCAACGUCACGUGCCAGACGUGCCUCGAGACUCUGCACGAGACCACGUGUCUAUAGGGGCGUGGUCCUCCGGGCCGGCUGUUUGUGGACCAAAGACUGCUCUUCUGGAAAGUGUGCCGUUGUGUUGUGCCGCCGCCGCACCUUAGCUUUACUUCUUCGAACGCUGCGAGGACCUGCGAGCCGUUUAUGUUUGGCUUAGUGAGAGAGACGAAUGGUGAGACUGCGAGCCUUCUUCGAUUGCCUGAAGAGUUAGGGAUAUCGCCGUUGUUUUUGAAACGUCGUACACACGAAUGACAGAAAACUGCUUUCAUCUUCAUUCGACCGCUAUAGUUACUUAGAAUGUGACUUUUCUUCUAUUAGUUGCUCUCUUGUGCCUACGUUCGCGCAUUCAAAAACGCCGGUUACGAAGAUUCGAAGCACCGUGUGCAAGUGUUUCUAGCCAUGGUAUGAAACAGCGCUUAGACAGAAGGUCCACAGGGCUGCCUUCCGCCGAGACACGUCAGUGGCGCGGGCUCGCCAGACUUUAAACAAACAAACAACAAAAAGAACGAGAGUGCUUCUUCGUUUUCGACAAGGUCUGUGAUAUAGUGAACAGUGGGCUCCGUGAGCUCGUGCUUCGAACGACCGGCGGCCUGUGUGUGUUUGUGCGUGUGUGUGUUUAUCGUGCUUGCGUGUACAUAUGUGGACUGGAAGCCGGUAUUCGGAAGGUGUGCCGUUGUCAUUGCAUAGCAUCCACCGGUGGCUUUCGAAGCCAGGCACCUGUACGCGUGCGCGCGCUUAGAAUGCGGACAAUCUUGCAGACUGAACGCGCGACUUGCGUGCUGGCGGGAAAAAAACAAGUGUCGGUGGCAUUUUUUUUUUUCGACGUAGUUGUUGCUACUUUUGGCGAUUUGAAGAGGACAGUUGUUUGCUGCUCCUUGCCUCCCCCGGCUGAUGGCAUUUAAGACCUGGUAUAGUCAAGUUUCCACGCUUUUGUGUUCUCCCUGUGGCUUUUUUUUUUUUCUUCCAGUCAGGAUCGAAAGAUGAAAUGGUUGUUUAUAGUAUUGUGGAGCUCCCAGGGCCACGCAUGGGAGAUGUGCAGGCUAUGUGAAAAUUUGUUAGUAUGUAUGUCAUUCUGAUGCAUAGUUUAAGGCAUUUCACUAACGUGCUCGUGUCAGUGCAGUUUAUAUGUCGGCUUUUCUCGUCGUGUUAUUAUGUGGUGCAGUGUUGUUAGCGACAUGUUUUUGGUGAGACGCUGGUGACUUUCUCGUGGCUGUUAUACAGCGCUGAUCACGCUUGCCUAGCACGAAGAGCUUUCCGUCAGUUGUUUUCCUGGCAAAAACAAAAAAACAAAACAAAAACAAAAACAGCAACGAAGCAUCCCUUCUUUUUUUUUUUUUUUUCCUUUUACGGGGAGAGGGAGGGUGCAGUAGCAACUCAUUCAACUCAUUUAAACCGCGAUUCAACUCACAGCAGUAUUUCGUGUUCUUUUUCACUGCAUGAAAAUAUUCCUCUGAGAAAGACUACGUUCUAGGCAACAGUGAUCGACGCUAUGUAAAUACCGCUUUGAAUGGUAGGUGUUCGCAUCCAAGCAUUUUUCGUCGUAAACUGCUUUUUGAUGGCUAACUUUUUCACUUCAUGACAGUGUGCCGUUUUGGAACAAAACAGCCUAUAGACCGCGUAAUUUUAACACCCGGUUAAGUCAAUGUGAACAGUCAGUUUAGUUAGUUAGCUGCAUCUCCAUAUCAAGAAAAUAGAAAAAAAAAGCACCGAAGCGUUGUGCCAAAGAUGAUAAUGCGAGGUAAUGAGCUGAAUGCGUACAUUUGGAAGGUUUUAAUGAACGUCAGUAGGGGAGUGCACUUUGCCGCUUCUUCUGACGUGCUUCUUUUCUGUCUUUUUUUUUUUCUUGUCGGGAAAUGACUAGCUCUUUACAGAGCACAGUCAGGAUGAUAGACUCUUAAUAAUGAAUUACAACUCUACAGUAAUGGUUAACAAGACGCUGUGCUAUGAGAGGCUGCUUAUAGUGGCAGCUAAAGAGCGCGUAUUGCGGCUAUACUGGUGUUUGCGUCCUUAUUUAUUGUGUUUUACAAAGCAUUUAUAGCAUUAAUGUAUGUGGUUACGACAAUUUUCGCAUGGCAAAAGUGAACAGAAACAAUGCCUUCAAAAACCUUAGUUCGAUGUCGAACUGAAAACUCGGGAGCUAUAACGCUGUUCGUGUAAGUACAUAAUUGAAAGAGAAAUGAGAAAUAUUGUGGGAAUCGUCAUCGGGACGUGUGGGAAAUUUCAUAGUGUCUCAGUUAAAUUUGUCGCAUAAUUUUCUAAACUUUGUCUUCUGGGGGGACGAAACAAGUGCGUGCUCCUUUUCAACGUUAAAUUUCUUUUGUUGCUCAUUUUGCAAUAUCUGGAGUAAGGCUAAGCUCAGACUGCAACUAAUAUAAUUAGCAUAUAAAUGACGUCGCAACCUAAUUAGCAUAUUGUCAUUGUACUGAAAGGAUUUAUGAAGUCAAAAAACAGAAGCAGUUACGUUAUCGAGACGGUUAGCUCCACGCGUAACAAUCGCAACGAACUCCUAUUCGCUGCUGCUCAUUGACAGAAGCGCCUGAUGACGUCAUAGAACGAAAAAUUUGCAAAUUAAAGCAAAAUACGCUAUAAUACGCUAUCACCCCCGCGGUGUCGUCGUAAUGUCGCGUCCUCUUCGCGUUUUGCAUUGCAUGAGUUUAGAUAUCUGCAUCGGCCAAAUGGGAUAACAGAGCAAGAAGUUUUAAUUUCCAAGAACAGCGGCAGCUGCGUCUUCUUUGUUUUGAGCUUAUUUGCAAAACCUAACUUAUUUUAUUCGGCGACACGAGCAUUUUGUUUUUCUCUCGCCACGGGCACCAUGCGACGAUUUGUUUACCACCAGCGUGCCUUCAGUGCCAUCAGAAACAUUUUUUUUUUUUUGCCUUCAAUCUUACGUGCACUAUAAAGAUGUUGUUUCGUAAA